CAAUAAUAAUGGUUUGAUGGGUUCACACACUCCUAUCGCGUAUAAUGCCAAUCAAUACUCCCAAACUUCGAUAAAGACUGAAUCGAAUUCAACCCAGGUCAACAAUACGUCUUCAAAUGUGUCAUCAGGAGUUGCUACAUCCAUGGAUGCCUUUGCUAAUAGAAAAUCCUCGGCUACGACUACUCCGAUCACAUCACCAACAAAAAAUCCUCAAGAUCUCGUGAUUGAAACACAUGUAUCUGGAAAACCACCCUAUUCGUACGCAACCUUGAUUACUUAUGCCAUUACAAAUUCUCCCAAUAAACAACUUACAUUAAACGAAAUUUACAAUUGGGUUAUGGAGAAUUAUCCUUACUAUAAGACCGCUGGUACUGGUUGGAAGAAUUCAAUUAGACAUAAUUUGUCUUUGAAUAAAACAUUUGUUCGUGUUCCACGUCCGAUCAAUGAGCCAGGUAAAGGAUCAUACUGGACUGUAGAUUUUAGAGCAGCCGAAGCUGAACAACAGCAUCGUUCUCGAAGUCGUAACAACAGAUCUUCAAGUGAUCCAACUCCUUAUCAUCGUCCAGAAUCAUCAUGGUAUGAUAAUCGUAGAUACCGUGAACCAAUGACUGCCAUGACUGAAAUGGGUCGUCCCUACUUUGACGUAAAUCAGUAUGGUGGUAUGCCGAGCAUGCCAUACCGACCAAUUCGUUCACCUCGUUAUACUCAUGCAACUAUGGGACAACCUUACCUUCCAGCACAAGGAAUUGGAGGUGGUGCCGGUAUCACUAGUACUCCACAACAAACAAUGUCUUAUGCCGGUGCUGGCAUCGGUAAUCUUGCUGUAACUGCCAAUUAUGAUCUUACUGACUAUACGAACAUUCAUGGCCAUCCUACCGCUACCGCUCAUGUAGACGGACAUAAUGCUACCGCUUUUAGUGGAUACAGCACUCAUCCAAUUUAUCAACCACAGAUGUCAACACAUCCAACAGAUACCAAUACAGCGGUGGCUCAUUCCUCUUUUGUUUAA